AUUUGAAGCAAAUUUCACAAAAAUUAAUUAUUAACUUUGACAUCAUAACUAUAAAAAUUCUCACAAUUAAGUCCACACGCUAUAAAUGAGAAACAUUGAGUCAUUGAUACAAAAAAUCAUCUGUCACUCCAACUUCAAAACUUCGAUUCUCUCUCAUUUUACUUCCUAUAAGUCACAAUAACUCUCAACUGCGUAGCUGAUUCCGUUUUAUGUUCUGAAUUAUUCGUUCAUGUUUUUCUCACAUUCUAUUCUCAGUUUCGUUGAGAACGCAGAAGUGUAAACAUAAAGUAGCUGUUGUGUUGUUAGUGAUCGUAGUGGGAAGAUCACUGCAGCCAUAAAAGUUCAAACUUAAUCAACAAUAAAUUUUCACAAUUUAAAAUCAACAUCUGUGCACUUCAAAUUCAGCCGUUAUCAACAAUCCAAGUCUAUAAAAGACAAUCAACAACAUUCCACAAUCAACUAUCAAUUCAAAAAAAAACAUUCGCCGAUAAUGGAAUCAACAGAACAGCUGAAUCCACACGCAACUGACCCAUCACAUCGAGUCAAAAUUUGCCAAGUAACAGACGACAAAAUCGCAUCAAUUGAGCCAAUCACAAUUCCAAGACUAUUUGCUGAUGUUGUUCAAGAAUUUCCAAACUAUCCAGCCUUAGUGCAAAAGAACUUGACCACAAAUGAAUGGGAAACGACGACAUUUUCGGAAUAUCAACAAAAAGUUGAAAGAAUCGCCAAAGUUUUCAUCAAAUUAGGGCUUGAGAGGCACGGAUGUGUUGCUGUGCUCGCUCAUAACAGUGUUGAAUGGUUCGUGAGUGGAUUGGCUGCUAUUCAUGCUGGUGGCUUAAUAACCGGCAUCUACUUAACAAACUCAACAUCAUCAGUCCUUCAUGUCCUUGACAAUUCCAAAGCCAACAUCAUCGUCGUCGAUGAGCAGACACAACUCGAUAAAAUCCUACAAAUUAGAGACAAACUUCCACACCUGAAAGCAAUAAUCCAAACAAUCCCAAAAGAUUCAUCCAAACCUUCAAAUGAUCCACAAAUUCAUCACUGGAAGGACCUCGAUUCCAUCGACACAACAGAAAUCAACACAGAAUAUCAAUCUCGUCUAUCCAGGAUCACACCAAAUGAAAGUUGUGCCAUAGUCUACACAUCAGGUACGACAGGCAAUCCAAAAGGAGCUUUAAUAUCACAUGACAACAUCACAUGGCUAGUCCAAUGUGCUCAACAGGCAAUUCCAGUUAUGAAGCGUGGAUGUGAAGUUGUUGUGUCUUAUUUGCCAUUAGCACAUGUUGCUGGACAGUGUACUGACAUGUAUCUUGCUAUGUCAGUUGGUGCUACUAUUUACUUUGCUGACAAAAAUGCAUUGAAAGGCACGCUUGUUAAUACUUUGAAGAUCGCUAGACCAACACUGUUUGCUGGAGUUCCAAGAGUCUAUGAAAAAUUUCAAGAAAAAAUGAUGUCAAUUGGUGCACAGUCGGGGAUUAUCAAGCGAUUAAUAGCCAAAUGGGCUAAGUCAGUCACUCUCGGCUACUACCUACGAUGCAUGACUGGCGAUCCUGGAAUGUCUUUACAAUAUCAACUCGCAAGUUCCUUAAUUCUUGGGAAGAUUAAGGAAGCAAUUGGUUUUGAUCGAAUCAAGAUGCUUGUUGUUGGAGCUGCCCCUGCUGAUAUUGAGACAAAGAAAUAUUUUUGUAGUUUGGAUAUGCCACUGGUUGAUCUUUAUGGAAUGACUGAAUGUACACUUGUGCAUUGUAUGUCGAGACCUGAUUAUCCUAAUAUGGAGUCUGUUGGACCUAGUUUGCCUGGAACCAAACUAAAAAUAUCCAACCCAGACGAGAAUGGCCAUGGAGAAGUAUGUCUAAAAGGCAGGAACAUCUACAUGGGAUACAACAAUGAUCCAGAAAAGACACUGGAAACAUUCGAUGAAGAUGGAUGGCUUAAAACUGGUGACUUAGGCUACACAGAUGAGAAUGGCUACUUAUACCUAACAGGAAGAAUCAAGGAACUUGUCAUAACAGCUGGAGGUGAAAAUAUCCCGCCAGUUCAUGUCGAGAACCUUGUAAAAGCUGAAUGUCCGGCAAUUUCAAAUGAAUUGCUAGUUGGUGAUAAAAGGAAGUUCUUGACAAUGUUGAUUGCAUUAAAGACAGAAGUUGAUAGUGAUGGAAAUCCACUGGAUGAUUUGAUGAUGGAUUCUGUGAAAUUUAUGGAGAGUCUUGGAUUGAAUUAUAGGAAGUUGAGUGAUAUUUUGGAUGGAGCAGAUCAGACAGUUACUAAAGCUAUUAAAGAUGCCAUUACACGUGCUAAUAAGAAUGCAAUCUCAAAUGCCCAGAAGGUUCAAAAAUUCGCACUUCUGCCUCACGACUUCAGCCUCCCAACAGGAGAGCUAGGACCAACAAUGAAAAUCAAAAGACACUACGUCAUCAACAAGUACAAAGACAUCAUUGAUAAAAUGUAUGCUGAAAAUUAAAAUUCCAUAAAAAGUGUCCAUAAAAGCAUCAAUUGUGUUCAAAACCAACCAAAAAAAUAAAUCAUUUGAAUUUAAUAAAGUUUUAUUAUUGCAAAAAAAAUGUCUUGAAUUCAAUUUGAAAAUGUCUAACUAGUGAAAUAAUCGUUUGAACCAUUGGAAAGCAUCCUUCCAUGUCUGCUUGUGCAGCUUCAACUCCUGACCAUGGUCAACUUUAAUAUUCAAGGUGCUAAUUCCAUCACCGCCCUUACUCCUUACAAUUUCAAACAAUUUAUCACCUAAUCGAGUCAAUGUAAAGUCAUCGGCAGUUUGUGUAAUGAUAUUUGGAUUAGCAUGGAUUAAAAUCUUUGACAGCUUCGAUGCCAUUCCAUUCGAGAAUGAGAGGUAGCACUUUGCAUCUGGAUGUGUAAAAUUAAGCUCAUUAUCGUCAGUUUGAACCAUCAGGAAGUCCAAAGUAUUGUCUUUUGUUCCUAUAAUCGCCUUAAUAGUUCCAGCAAAUCCAGCAAGUGAGAACUUCUCACCAUCAGCUCUAAUUUGUGUAUUUCCUAAAAUAUUCGCUAAUGUCAUCUCAACAGAUGCACGGAAUCGAUUGAUGGAAUUAAAGCAAUUUGCAAUUGUGACAAUUUUGCCAAUGACUGUCAUUUCUGAGCAUCGACACUCACUGACAUCGACGGUUCCAUCGCUAGAAUUUAGUUGAAUUUUAUCCAUUUGUGGACCGAAAAGUUCUUUGGCUGUGAUAUUAUUGGCAGUUGAUAUUUUUACGUCAUUAACUCGAACUGAUUUAACAGUGACGUCACCUUUUUCUAAUUCUAUGUUUAGAGAAUUCAUGAGGAGCUCAUCGAUUAAGACAUUUGUUUUCUCGCCAGUAAUUC